CUCAUAACUGACACUUGACAGGUUAGACUUAAGACUACAAGCACUGCGGCAGGCAAGCUAAUCUAAGCGGGAAUGGGAAUAUAAUAUUCAAUAUUUCUAGUUUCUACUCUUUGCGUUUGCCAUUAAAAUUUCUUAUUUCUAUAGUCUAUCACUAGUUAGUGAUAAAAAAUAGGCGGUAAUUAUUAAUUAAUAUUUAUCUUUUAAUUAAUAGCUCAAAUAUUUAAAAAAUGUAAGGCACUAGUAUUAACUAAUAACCUUGUUAAGGAUUAUUAUCAAACUAAAAAUAACGUUGUAUGCAUUUUAGUUAAUAUUUAAAGUAUUAAAUUAUUUCUCAAAUAGAAUUUCUACAUUGUUAUUUUUUGAAAAAUAAUGAACAUGGACAAGAAACCAUUUUACAUGUGCUUUUUCAUGGAAUUUUUUCUUUUACUUACUGUGGCAAGUGCUAAAAAUAACCAAAAUCAAGUUCGACUUCAAAAACUUAACGAUUGUCGCCGAUGUCAGGUGUUUAGCGACUCCUUUAUAAAUUGGUUUGAGAAAACAUCUCGUGGUAAAUUUGAUGGUGGAGAUGUAGCUUGGGAAGAAACAAAACUAAAAUCAUAUGCUCAGAGUGAGAUAAGAUUGGUAGAAAUUCAGGAAAAGCUUUGUUCAGAAUUAAGUAGACGUAUGGAUGAAUGUUAUUCAGUUGCUGAAGAAGCAGAAUAUUUAGUGGAGAAAUGGUGGUCAGAAGGAAAUUUUCAAAUAUCAGAAUUUAAUUCUUGGCUCUGUUUGGAAAACCUGAAGUAUUGUUGUCCUAAGCAUCAUUAUGGUGCAGAUUGUACCCCAUGUCCUUUAGAUAAAGAUGGAAAUAUCUGUAGCAAUCAAGGUACUUGUCAUGGAGAUGGCACUCGCAAAGGUAAUGGAACUUGUAUCUGUGAUGCAGGUUAUACUGGUCCAUUUUGUAAUCAAUGUGCUAGUAAUUAUUAUAGUACUAAGGAAACUGAAUGUAUGCCAUGCCAUAAAGCAUGCCAGGAAUGUUUUAGUUAUGGUAGUAAUAAGUGUAAAGUAUGUGCUGUUGGUUGGGAACUAAUAACUGAUAGUUGUACUGAUAUUGAUGAAUGCCAAUUAGAUACUGUGUGUAAAAAUAACCAAUAUUGUGUAAAUAAUGAAGGUUCAUUUUCUUGCAAAUACUGUGAUGCAUCUUGUUUUACUUGUAUUGGUUCUGGUUCCUAUAACUGCACAGCUUGUAGGCCAAAUGAGGAACUAUGGUCUGGUAAAUGUAUAGAUAAAAAAAUUGUGAAUAAUCUCUUAUCAAAUGCAGAUAAAAGAUUAUUUAUGUAUAGUUCCUUAAAUAUUUUUAUGUAUCUAUUAUACCGAAGAACUAAACCUUUAGCAAUUGGUAUUGGUGUUUUAGUUUCAAUUUUAAUAUUUAAAUUAGAAACUGGGACAGAUGUCACUGUUAAGGAUUCAAUUGCAAACCAUAUUGUGACAUGGCUUGAAUGAAAAAUUGAAGUCAAAAGCAUGUAAAAGGUGUAUUAAAAAUACAUUUAUUGUGAAAGGUUCAUAACUACAUUUUAGUAUCAAUUAUAUACAAAAAUUAAAUACAAAAUCCAAAUAAUACAAACUAUCUUAUAAAUAUCCUACAUACCUCAAUAACAAAAAUCUUUAAUUGUUUAUGAGAGAGGGUAACCAGGGCUGAAAACUGCUUUGAUACAAAAAAUAUUAAAGAUAAUCAAUUACUUGGCCGCUUUAUUGGCAUUUCAAUAUUUAUCACUGGUCUAUAUGGAAUUUAAAAUAUUUGUUUUGCAGUACCACUUACAAUAAUACACAAGGAGUUUCAAUAUAUGACUACUAUAUCAUUUGACUAAUGUAGAACACUGUGUUUAAAAUAAAUACAUGAAAUGCAAUUUGCCUGAACAUAAAAACAUAUUAAAAUGCUUACUUGUUACCUAUGCCAAAUAAGUUGUGUUAUAAUCUUAAUGUAUAAAUUAUAUUAAGUAUAGGUUAAGGAAACAGCCAUAAUACACUGGACUGGGCACCUUUAAUAUUAAGAAUUAUGUGUUUAUGAUAAAUAAUGAUUUUUUAAUUCAAGUUUUGAACACUACCAAGAAUUCCUUCGAAUAAUAUCCAGUGCAUUAUGAUGUUUAUGCAAAUACUGCAAAAUCUUAUAAAAGUGAAAUACUACAGACUUAGUAUUACUUGGUGUAAAAGCUGUCAGAAAAUAAUGGUGACACUGAUAAAGCUAGAAUGGUAGGAAAGUACAUUUAUAUCCUUAAAAUCAAUUAAUAUUACUACUGUUUGCGAUAUUUUAAAACUAGGUAGGCCUCUACAUUGUGGUAUACAUUUUAUAUUAAGAUAAGAAACGUGUUUUAUAUAAUUUAUGGCAAUCAUGUGAUGUUUUAAAAAAUAUAUAUAUUUGUAUAUCAUGAUAAUUUUUAAUGGAUUGCUUUAAUUAAAAAUACUUUUUAACUGGAAGAAAUAAUAAAGUGCCAAUUUUAAGGUUUCGUUGGGUGGUGUGAUUUCAAUUUUGUUCUACACAUCCACAUGAUUAUUGAUGUUACAAAUAAAUAUUGUUACUAUAUUAAUUUAAUAAACCUGUAAUUACUGGAUAUUGUCAACAUGAAAUGAUGUAAAUUAAGAUGCAGUACAUAGGGUCUUUGGUGAUGGAAGAAAACAUAUUUGAAGUUCUUUGAACAAGUAAAAAACUUAUAAACACUAUGUGAUCAUAAAUAUAAUUAUAUAAUAUUAUUCAACAAAUAGAUUGUUAAGUUUUAAGAUAAUAACAAAAUCAUUACAAAUGAAAUAAACUUUGUUCUACAAAAAUCCAUUUUUGGUUGUCUUUAAGUACUAACUUAGCAAAAAGAAUGAGUUGUAAAUACAUAUGAGAAACUAACAACUAAACAUAAAGUACUAGAAGUGGUAAAAAAAUAAAGUAAAUACACACGACUAGCACUGAAAAUUGCUGCACAUUGAAAUUAUCUGUAUUAAAUGUCUAAGCAUUAAA